AUGACAGAAACAACGAAUAUGAGAGAAUCAAAUGUAUAUAUGGCAAAACUUGCUGAACAAGCAGAACGUUAUGAUGAAAUGGCUAGAUAUAUGAAAGAUGUUGUUAGUAAUCGUGAAGAAACUGAGGAAUUGACUGUAGAAGAACGGAAUUUAUUAAGUGUAGCAUACAAAAAUGCAGUAGGUUCUAGAAGAUCAUCAUGGAGAAUUAUCUCUUCAGUAGAACAAAAAGAACAUAGUAGAAAUGCUGAAGAAGCUAGUAAAAUGUGUGCUAAUUAUAGAAGUAAGGUGGAAGUUGAGCUUACUGAUAUUUGUAAUGAUAUUUUAAAUAUGUUAGAUACUCAUCUUAUUCCAUCAGCAACUACUCCAGAUAGUAAAGUUUUUUAUUUUAAAAUGAAAGGUGAUUAUCAUCGCUAUAUUUCGGAAUUUUCUACAGGAGAAGCUAAACAAAAAGCUGCAGAAGAUGCUUUAAAAGCAUACAAAGAUGCUACUUCAGUUGCUAAAGAAUUGGAACCAACUCAUCCAAUCCGUUUAGGACUUGCAUUAAACUUUUCUGUAUUUCAUUAUGAAAUUCUUAAUGAACCUAGAGCUGCUAUUGAUAUGGCUAAGGAGGCCUUUGAAUCAGCAAUUGAACAUCUUGAUAAAUUAUCAGAAGAUUGUUACAAGGAUUCUACACUUAUUAUGCAAUUAUUAAGAGAUAAUCUAACUCUUUGGACUGCAGAUUUGGGAACUGCUGCAGAAGAAGGUGCUCCAGAAGCUUCAUAA